ACUUCCUCCCGAUUCGCAAAGUGAAGUCACUUCCCAAAAUUAGCUGAAAAAAAAGUUUCAUCCGGUUAAACUGUCUCUUUUUCAAUCCGCUACAACAACAAACGUGCACAGGGGCGCGCGGGCAGGGCGCUCGCAGGGGGGCACGCAGGGAGGGCCCAGGGCGCCGAGGAGGCCGCGCCCGGCUGAUCCGAAGGGGCUGCGAGGUCAGGCUGUAACCGGGUCAAUGUGUGGAAUAUUGGGGGGCUCGACUGCAGACUUGGCCCAAUGGACGGGACUAUUAAGGAGGCUCUCUCAGUGGUGAGCGACGACCAGUCCCUCUUCGACUCCACGUACGGAGCGGCCCAUCUCCCCAAGGCCGACAUGACCGCCUCCGGGAGUCCUGACUAUGGCCAGCCCCACAAAAUCAACCCCCUCCCGCCACAGCAGGAGUGGAUUAAUCAGCCGGUGAGGGUCAAUGUCAAGCGGGAGUACGACCACAUGAAUGGAUCCAGGGAGUCUCCGGUGGACUGCAGCGUCAGCAAAUGCAGCAAGCUGGUUGGUGGAGGCGAGUCCAAUGCCAUGAACUACAACAGCUACAUUGACGAGAAGAACGGCCCCCCUCCUCCCAACAUGACCACGAACGAGAGGAGGGUGAUCGUCCCCGCAGACCCCACGCUGUGGACGCAGGAGCACGUGCGGCAGUGGCUGGAGUGGGCGAUAAAGGAGUACGGCCUGAUGGAGAUCGACACGGCCUUUUUCCAGAACAUGGACGGCAAGGAACUGUGCAAAAUGAACAAGGAGGACUUCCUCCGAGCCACCUCCCUCUACAACACGGAAGUGCUGUUGUCACACCUCAGUUACCUCAGGGAAAGUUCACUGUUGGCCUAUAACACCCCCUCCCACACAGACCAGUCCCCACGGCUGAGUGUCAAAGAAGAUCCUUCUUACGACUCAGUCAGGAGAGGAGGGUGGAGCAAUAACAUGAAUUCUGGCCUCAACAAAAGUCCUCCCCUGGCAGGAGCACAAACGAUGAGUAAGAAUACUGAACAGCGGCCCCAACCAGAUCCAUAUCAGAUCCUGGGCCCAACCAGCAGUCGCCUAGCCAACCCCGGAAGCGGGCAGAUCCAGCUUUGGCAAUUCCUCCUUGAGCUACUCUCCGACAGUGCCAACGCCAGCUGCAUCACCUGGGAGGGGACCAACGGCGAGUUCAAAAUGACGGACCCCGACGAGGUGGCCAGGCGCUGGGGGGAGCGGAAAAGCAAGCCCAACAUGAAUUAUGACAAGCUGAGCCGGGCCCUCCGAUACUACUAUGAUAAAAACAUUAUGACCAAGGUGCAUGGCAAAAGGUAUGCCUACAAAUUUGACUUCCAUGGCAUUGCCCAGGCACUGCAGCCACAUCCAACUGAGUCGUCCAUGUACAAGUACCCUUCUGAUAUCUCCUACAUGCCUUCCUACCACGCCCAUCAACAGAAGGUGAACUUUGUCCCGCCCCACCCGUCCUCCAUGCCCGUCACUUCCUCCAGCUUCUUUGGAGCAGCCUCACAAUACUGGACCUCCCCCACGGGCGGAAUCUACCCCAACCCCAAUGUCCCCCGCCAUCCUAACACCCACGUGCCCUCACACUUAGGCAGCUACUACUAGAAGCUUAAUCAUCGGUGGUCUUCUAGCUGAAGCCCAUCCCUCACACUCCCCGGAAUACUUUGGACUCUAAAGGACAUACAUGGCCUUGAAGAGAAAACAAAACUGGAUGUUCUUUCUUGUUGGAUAGAACCUUUGUAUUUGUUCUUUAAGAAAACAAUCCUUUUUUUUUUAUUUUAUGUUGCUUCCUCUACCUUGAACAAAGAGAUGGGUAAUUCCAUGGGCCAGUAGGCUAAUGUGUAUUCUCAAUCUCCUAUCAUCUUCUGAAUGGAAUAUUUAGAUUACUGGAAUGGUUGUAUCAUGGUUCUAUGAAAGAAACUGUAAAUUGUCUUUUAUUAUUUUUAUGACCAAAGCAGUUUCUUAUCCACACACGGGUCUUAUCAUGGAUCUCGUAGGGUUCUCUAUGCUAAGGAUUCGUGGACUUAACCAGUUAGGCUCUGGUUUGAGACUUAGUGAAAAUAGAGGCAGGAAGCUUAUAACCUUGUUUUAGGGAGACCUAACUCAGUGGAUAGCAACUGGAACAUUGGUUGUAAGGCCAGUGAAGUUUUCACCCAACUGGAAUUUUAAGAAAGAAGAUGUGUGUGUAUUUAAGAAGCCAUGGGCAUUGAACAAUUCCUCUCAAUGGGCAAUAUGUACUAGGCUGAUCAUUUUCUCUAGAAAUACUCAAGAUAUUAACUAAGAAAUGUUCAUGCAAGCGCAGACAUUCCUGAAAGACAGAGAAAUAAAUAACUAUUUUUUUUUUUUUUUUUAGAUAGUGACAGUGAGUCCCAGAACUUUGAAAAGUCUUAGGGAUUUCUAAACACAAACAGAUCCGCAGGCGCUGUGCGCUUGUCAGACCGUCAGUCCAGGGUCACCCAAUCAGAAGGCAACUUACUGUAUAAAUUAUGCAGAGUUAUUUUCCUAUAUCUCACAGUAUUAAAAAAUAAAUAAUUAAAAAAUUAAAAAGAAUAAGUAAACGAGUUGACCUCGGUCACAAAGGCAAUUUUACUAUCAAAUCAGUCGGUGUUAUUUUUUUAAAUGUAAUUUGUACAUCUUUUGUCAAUCUGUACAUUUGGUCUGUUUGUACGUUUUUAUAGCUGGUUUUUUUUUUUUUUUAAUAAAAAAGCAUAAUGUGACUAUUGCUGAAAAGGAAGCAGACAUUUAAGUCACUGACUUGCUAGAAAGAGAAGCACUGGUUGUAGUUAUUUAACAGGUGUGCACACGUUACCCAAGGAGAGCCAUUGAAACCUUGAUGCUUUGGACAUGUUUGUACAUACCGUCCUGUCCUGCAAUCACUGCAACUUUGAAAGGAACAAGCAGACGUUCCCUUGUGGGCACAAGGGAUUUUCCCGCCCUAUAUAUGCAAUAUAUUUUCUAGAUAUUAAAAUAUAUAUAAUUUUGCAGGUAAUCGUUGACUUUUGUAAACUAUGUUAAGCUGACAACUGUCCAUGAAGACUAUGUUGUAAAAUAAACUAAAUAAAUUGUGCCUUCUUCUCUCAGACCUGA